AUGUCUGAUUUUGAAAAUGUCGAGGAUGAAACAUUGACAGAUAUUCAAAAUAAGUCUAUUGAAAUGGAGCACGACAAUCCAAUUUUCAUUGAAUCGAUUGAAAAUGUAGUUUUAAAUAAAAAAUACUAUAUGAUUAAAAAACCACAAUCAGAACUAAUUGGAGCUUUAAGUGUAGAAUCAGAAUUAAUAAGUUUUACUGUGUUUUCAACGAACACCGGGCGGGAAGUUGCAUUAUCGUCUAAACGACUAUUGUUAAUUACUGACCAGGAAUGGACGACGUCACAAGAUAAAACAUUCGAAAAUUAUCCCAACAUAACCAAACAUGCAGAUCAACUAAUGACAAAAAAAUUGCUUCCUGGUUGGGUUGAGCAAGAUCCCUGCCAGAUUUGGACAGCAAUUAACGAAGUUGUGUCAAAUGUUGCCCAUGAGAUGUGCCGCAGUGGACUACCAGCUACAUAUAUUAAGUCUUUAGGUAUAACUAAUGAAACAAGCACGGUAUUGGCAUGGAAUAUUGAUACAGGGCAAACACUGAGCAAUGCAAUUCAUUGGACAGACUCUAGGGCAGUUGACGGACCAAUUGGAGUAUUUGAAUGGCUUUUAAACCAUUCGGAGUUAGUCAAGUGUGCCAAAGACAAAUGCCGAUUUGGCACAUUAGAUACGUGGAUACUAUGGAAACUAACGGCUGGUGAAGUAUACGUAACAGAAUUGACUAAUGCCUCUCAAACGGGUCUAUUGGCAUUGCCUGAACUCGAAUGGAAUAAGUUUACAUGCCAGGCUCGAGGUAUUCCACUUGUUUCAUUACCGGUUAUUCGUAAACCCGCGCAUAAUACACUAUAUGCUGUCGUGGCCGUUGGUGAUCUUCAAGGUUUAUCCAUUUAUUCUGUGAUGGGUCGCCCCAAUGCAUCUAUGUAUGGAUACAGUUGUGAUUCUGUGGGUCAAGUUAGUGUUACAUUAGAUGAAAGAAUUAUUACAGUGAUGACUGUUAUUGGUGAAUGUCCUGUAACUUUCUUGUCUGGACUAUGCCCAGUAGUUGCUUACAUUUUGCCCAAUAGUACAAAUAAGACAAGUGUACUCUAUGCCCUACGAAUUUCGUUCAAGUCCAAUGAAGCUAUCGCUUGGAUAAAAGGAAAUUUAGGAUUAGUUAAAUCAACUGCUGAGUGCAUGAACGCUUAUAACACUGCUAGUCCAAGUUUACCUCUGUAUAUGUCAAUGGGUGGAGAUAUAUAUUGUGCUCCAUACAAGACCUUGAAUUCAGGGGGAAUAUUGUGUGGCAUCACAUCAAAUACUACUAAAGAAAAUAUAGUUUGUGCUGCUGUAGAUUCAAUGUGUUUUGGUGUAAGUGAUGUGCUGAAAAUGUUUUUGAAGGAAGUUGAUGAGUCAUUACACACUUUAUUUGUUGAUGGUGCUUACUCAAAUUACAGUUCAAUACUACAACGAAUGGCUGAUAUUUAUGGAAAUCGAGUGAUAAAAAACCAUCGAAAAGACAUGGCCAUUUAUGGUAUAGCCAUUGCAGCAGGUCAGGCAAUAAACAUAAACUUAAUCAGUAAUAGUUGUGAUCCAGAUGUAUACGAUCCUAAAUCUAGCAUAGAACAAAGGUCUGAAUGGACUAAACAAUGGAAUAAAUGCGUUCUACGGAGUUAUGGUUGGAACAGAAUUAAUGAUAAAUUAUGUGACCAAUUUCUUGAAUAA